UUAAAAUGAUUAAUAUGUACGAUUAUUGUAUUGGUUUUAAAAUUUUUAAUAUUUAAGUCGACUAUAUAUAUGUUUGAUCGUACAUCUCAGUGUAUUCUCAAAGCAUUCACAUUCGUCAAAGUUAUUGUACAAGUUUAAUCGGUUGGCAUUUUUUUUACUUCCGGUAAAUGCUUUAUUGACGUCUUCUUCAUUGCGCAUGCGCAAGAAUUGCGACUUCUCAAGCAAUAUUGUGCUGCAACCAUUCGGUAAGCUGAUUUACUUACAUUGGUGCGUUUAGCACUUUAGAUACAGUAAAGUGAAGAUUGUCGUUAAAAACCUUGACACAACUCGGUAGAAACAUCAACUGAGAAGAUAACGUGAUUUUUUUGAAGAAAGAAUAGUGGUUUUACGUUGAUGGAUUUUCGUCACACGAAGAUGGUAUACAGGAGGCCGUUUCAUCAAUAUGCACGACAUACAGGAGAAACUUUUGUGUAAUACAUUUACGACCGUUAACUAGAGUUUGCGAAAUAACAAUGCAAAAAACAGAUAACUAUAUGUCCAGUAGAAAACCACUUAUAUACAGGGUAUAGUAAAUUUCUGUUAUGUACAGCUACUUUGUGCAAGUAUGGUAAAGUGACAUAAUAAAAGCAAAUAAGGGUUUUAGUACAUCAAGUGGAAAAUGGUAAGAACAAGCCUUAUACUAUGUGGAUAUAUAAACAGAUACUCUAAAGAUCGUAUAUAACUUGGUAAAAUAUCUUUUGAAAAUAUUUUUGAAUUGAAAUGUGACAAUAUAUGUAUGUAAUUUGGUCUAUGUGACAUAUGGCAAUAUCUAAUCCAUGCUGGCUUCAUGUUAAAAUUUGCUGUUAGUGGUCCAGUACAUUAUAUAGAAAUCUAUGAUAGAAAAAAAAAAAAACAACAAAAGCAAGAUUGUCAUUAAAUUCUCACCAUCAGAAGAAACAUUAGCAAAAAAACAAAACCUUAUUUAAAAAAAGACACCUUGAAGACAAUGGACAUUCUACACAUGAAGAAUAUACAACAGACUGCCAUAAAUCUGCAAUAAGCACUGUAAGACAAAGUUUGUUUUAUAGAUUGUUUCAAAAUGUUUCUCUUGUUUCUUGUCAUAAAUUAUGAACAUGAAACCAUGUACAUCUUUCUGUUGAAGGAACAUUCUAUAUAUAAGAAUAUUGAGACAUUAAGUGUGUGUGUGUGUGUGUGUGUUUAUGUGUGUAUAUGUGUAUUUGUCAAGUUUCAUACUUCAAGACCCCAUAAUACUACUAUUAUCUCUUUUUCUUUCUUUUGUCUUACUAUCUCUAUUUUUCUAAAAAAAAAAAGAAGAGAGAAUAUAAAAAUAUGGAAGAAAAAAAGAAUAUGUGUAAUAAAUACAUAUUAGUAUUCUUAUAAGAAAAUUCAACAUUUGUCAAAUUGCAAGUUUUUAUGUUUGAUUUAUUGCAAAGUAUAAAACUUUGUCUCAAAAAUUGCAUCCAUUUAUUAAAAUUAUAUUGCAGAGAAUUCAUAUACCGCAAGAAAGUUACACAGGAAGAUAUUGUUAUGGAUAAAAAAAUGAUUUCCAUAUGUGAAAGUAACCAAAGUGCAAAAGAAUGUUUACAAAUUCAUCAGGCGGAAGAUGUCAUAGUACGAUCGCCAAUGGAAAGUAACAACAAAAUUGAAGAUGUUUUUCCAUGGUUAUCAAAAUUCAAGAGUCUUGUACAUUCGUCCGCAGGAAGUAGAAAUUAUCACCAUCUUGAAGAGUUACUUUAUAUCUACACACCGAAUAUUUCUUCUAGUUUGGCAAUGAGCAAUAUCAAGUCUAAUGAUGCAGUAAAUUUAAAGAAUCAUAUUAAUAAUAUGUUAAUAUUCUUUUAUUUAUAUUGGCGCGAUAUAAAACAGGACAUAGAUGAUCAUAGUUUGUAUUUAAAUAAAAUGUCAACUUUGUUGAAUGUGUACAUAGAUAUGGAAUUAAAAAUUUCCACUUGUGAUAAAGAUUCUUCUAAAAUUGCUGCAAAAAUUCUUGCAGCAUUGUAUAUAUAUUUGAAUAACUCGGAAGAACAUAUUUUCAGGGUAUUACUUAGAAUUAAACAUACAGACAAGAAAAUUUGUAAUUAUAUAUUUACGAAGAGCUUCACUUUUCUUAAAACAAAAACAACAUCUAUAACCGGUGUAACUUACGUCAGAUAUUUGCUUGCCUUCAAAAUGUGGAAGAAAAUGGAAAAAAUUUCUGAUGAAAGAAUUAAUGAAUUAGCUAUAAUGAUGUUAGGACCACGUAUGCCGAAUUUAUGCGACGAAUUACUGAAGUAUAUGCCUAAACCGCCUACGGAUCAAGAAAAUGAAACACUGUGGUUAUUGCAAUCAAAUGUUAAUCUAAAGCAACUUCAUAAACAUUUUCUGCUAUUCGAAGAUAAGAAAAAUAAUUCGGAUUUGCAAUGUCCUAAAAUAAUUCGUGCUGAUCUGGGCUGUUUGAGAUUACAGAAACAUCAGACUUCGUUGUUUGAUUGGAUCAACGGUAAUGAAGAUAUUGAUCAGGAAAUAAACAAAGAAUGUUCGAGCGGUAUGCAAAACUGUAAUAUAAUAUCAAAUAACAAUGGAAACAAACGUUUGACUCAAACUUAUCUACAAAGAAAUGAAAUAAAAUGUUUGAAAUCAAGAAAUCAAGAGAUUAUAGAUUUAACUGGAGACGAUGAAGUAAACAUUCCUAAAGUAAGAAAAAAGACUAAAAAAACUUUGAUAAAAAAAAAGACUAGAAAAGAAAAAAAGAAAGAUAAACAAAGAAAUUUGGAAUGUUUGAAGUUUAUGGAGAGUAUAAUAAGAAACAAGAAGCGUGGUAAGAAACAAAAUCAUAUCAGUUUUCCAAUACGUACAAGUAGGGCUGAUAUUGAAAAAUACUCGAAAAACGAAAGCAACAAAGUUCCUAUGGAUGGUACAUCUAUUUCCGAGAAUAAAAUCAACGAUAGCACAGAGAGUUGUAUUUUAAGUAACACUAGAGAUUCGUCAAACGAUACGUGUAAUUUUCAAAAGAAUAAUUAUUUAAAUACAAAGAAUCACCUCAACGUUAUUUGUCCGAAACUUGCAAAAGAUGAUGAAAAACAACGCGGUUAUAAUUCACAUUGCGUCAAGUUAUCUUCGGUAUUUGAUCAAAAUACCGAGGAUUUGAAAGUUGCGGCCAAUAUAUUGAAAGAAACUGAAGCGGAAAAUUACGCUUCACAUUUCACGUAUAUGACGGGAAAUGCUGUUGGUUCAUACAAUAAUCCGAUGUUGCAAAGUAAAGAAACACUAACUCCUCGGGAAGAAAAUAUCACGGAAACAACUAUGUUCAAGAUGUGCCAAAACAAUAUCGCGGAUCAACAUCUCUUUAGAGAUGUUCCUCUCAAACAAAAGUUAUCGACAACGAGUACAGAUUGUAGCGUAAUGCAAAAAAGUUGUUGGGAAACAAUGCUGAUAAAAAACUUAAAAUCCAUUAAUGAUCAUAGCUCGCAGCUUACGGAGAUGAUAGAGCAGAAAGUCUGCCACCAAGUUAACGAGUGUCCAAAUUGUUGUGCAAAAAUCGAUCGUAAACCUUUUUUGUUUACCAACACUAACGUCACCGAGUCAAAAGUACAAGAAACACUUCGUAAUACGUUUAAUGAGAACAAGAACGAUGUCAAGCUGGCCUGUAAUACGAAUAUAAUUUACAUCGGUAACAAUUGUGUUUGCGUUGUAAAUCAUAUCGGUGAACAGGUCAUGGGUGUACACGCCGAAAAGAGAAUGGAUAAGUCCAAUGAUGCGUGCACUGUAUCGACUACGUUUACUGGUGAUCAAAUUGUAGAGUCUCCGUUAUGCAGUCACCGUGUCAAUUUCGACAAUGUGACGAUAAACGAUUAUGGCAAUACCGCUAAAUAUUCCGAGAUGAACAAGAAAGAACAAAAAGAGAGCGAUUGCGACUCUUCGACGAUAAACGAUAAAUUACACCCGGAAACCUGUAUAUUCGAUAUCAAUUCUUCCGAAAUCAGUUCGAACGUGGAAGUCGAUUGCGAACAAAAAAAUUUUCCGAAAACAGAAGAAACUGAUAAAAUAACCAAGACUGGCUGUAUAGACGAUUUAGUUCAUAUUAGUGUCUUAAAUAACAUACAAAGCGAAACUUUGGAGGAUUUUUCCCACCAAUCUUCUGCAAUAUCUCAAAUUAAUUUUGACAAUUUAAUUAGUACUUCAACCAAAAGACCACGUAUGUAUACCGACUGCGAUAUUACCGAGGUAAAAACACAAGAUACUUUGCGUAAUAUGUUUAACAAACAAGGCAUUAAAUCACCAAAUGGUGAUACAAAUAUAAGCGACAGUAAUAAAUACGUUUACGUUGUGAAUCAUACCGGUGAACAGGUUAUAACUACAAAUGCCGAACAGAGAAGACAAUAUCUGAACAAUUCCACCAUAUGUGAUGUCUCGACCACGGUCAUCGGAGAUCAUAUUAUGGGAUCGUUGGAUGAUCAUGUUAUUUCUGACAAUAGAAGAAAACACAAUUUCAUAGAUGACUUCGAAUAUUUCAAAGCUACAAUGAAGGAACAACAUAAAAGUGAUUGCGACACCUCGAUAUCGAACGAUCAGUUACAUUCCUCCGAGUUGCACACAUAUGAUAGCGAUUCUUUCGAUAUAGAUUCAAAAAAGGCUAACGAGAUAAUGAAUACCGAUUAUAUAGAUUUCAGUUUCUCAAACGAUGAUUCAAUUGUCACAAAUCUAGAACAUAUUUUAUCGAACACACGUUUCUCGCCACCUUUGGAUCAAUCUUCGUUUGAAUUGGAUAGUUUCUAUACGGAUACAGUUGUGGACGAUAACGAUAUCCUGUGCAACACCCAAAACCAUGCCAUUGAUAGCAGCGUAGACCCGAUAACUUUCUGUUCAAAUAACGAUAAUACCUUCCUGCGGUUGUCUGUGAAGUCCGAUAAACUUAUGUUACAAGAAACUGUGGAAGAAUCUUGAUAAGUUGUGCAAUCAUGUUUUAACCGAACAUCUUUACGUUUGUAAAACAGAAGAUGUUGAAGAUUUUCAUGUUUUGAAAAAUAGACUAAAUCGAAAUUUGAGUAUAUAUUAAAUUUGCACCUUUGAGAACAUUCCAUUAAAUUCGCUAAAAACUUGCUUAUCAUCACUAGGAAAAGAUUCUCCACAUCAUAUUGUAUAAAAAUUUAUAUUUUCAACGAAUGAUUCUGAUGGUCUUCGGUAAAAUGUCAAACAAGACAGUUAAUCAAAAAUAUGAAUCGCACUUCUACUAACGUGCACAUUAUCGGAUGUAACUAAAUUAUUUACCGAAAAAGUACUUGCGAAGAAAGAAGUAGCAUCAACAAAAAAAGUGUUCAAAUGGAGAAAAAUCUCUCAAAUUUUGUUAAAUCAAGUUUUUAAGAAUAUAUGAAACGAUUGAUAAGUAUCCAAAACUACGCAAAAAUAGCCACAUUAGUAUCACAUUGCAUUCCGUUGUCGUUGACGAGUUCAUUCGUCAGAAGAACAAAUGUCACAUGCUGGCUCAUUAUCACGUCGUGUGACAGGUCGCCGAAGUAAACGUUCUCGGUGAGUUUUGAGACAAUGUAUCACCUUAUACUUCAACUGUUACAGUGGUUAAAAUUUACGACAAUGUAUCAACUCACACUUCAACUGUUACAAUGGUUAAAAUUUACUAAAUUUAAAAUUUAGACCUCGAAUUGCUGUUUCAUUCGCUAUAACAUAUUCGCCGGAUAUGGCCCGUGCGAUUUCCAUACUUAUGUAUUUGUAAAUCUGAAAAAAUGGCUCGAUGAAAAGAAACUUUCGAGGAACAAUAAAGUCAUCGAUGCCGUAAUGACUAUUUUGAAGAAUUCGAGAACGUACGUUUCAACCCUAUAAAUUGUUAUUUAGAUUUUUUGGUUCAGAUAUUUAUCAAUUGUCUCGUAUAUUUUAAAAACACUUUUGAACCUAUUAACUUGAACGUACUGUCAACAAAUCACCGUAAAGAGAUCUGUCUUAACAUCGUAUAAGAUAUACACGACGAACAAUUUUAAUAACAAUUUAAUGAAAACUGAAAUUAUAUGACGAGAAAAAGAGAUUAUAAAUGAUACCGUAUAGAUAUAUUACAAGUUACUAAAUAUCAAGAAAUAGAGACUACCAGAUAUACAUUAUCACCGACUGAAGAAGCAUCUGAGAAGAUAUACAAAGAAUCACAAAACUACGAUUUCGUCUCUUGAUACAAAUGUCUAACAGUAUAGAAUACUAUAUUAACGGUAUAAAAUAGUUAAAAAGACAAGUUACUUUGACUGCAACAAAAGGUAACGUAAUGUUUAAAAAUAUUUAUUUUCUAUAUAAAUUUUGAUAUAAGUUAUUUCUAGUUUUGUACAAUUGUUAAACAUUGCACACACGGAAGAAUAUCAAGAUAUCGUCAUGUUCAAAGAUUAUUUAUUUACAUAUCGAAGAUAAAACUGCAGUUAAAUAUCAUUUCACAAUUGUAUAUGCCGAUUUUCUGUUGUUCAUUAUAUUAAUUACAUGGCAUGUUACAGUCCAAUCAUUUAUAUAAUUAUACUGAUAUCUUAUUUGCAGAAUUUAUGUUUGCAGAAGAGAAUAAAAAAGGAUAAUAUAGUAGGUGAGUAUAACGUGCAUUGUUGCAUAGAUUUAGUGUCUUUAAAAUUUGUCAUCUUAUAUAAAACUAGAUUUGAAAAAAGACGUAAAGUUUAUUUCUUCUCGUUAUGGGGCCUUUAGAUCUUCAUGCCCUUUAAAGAAAUUAUAUUUACCGUUAUUUAUAUUUGUGCGUUACAGCGUGAUAGACUGUCGUUUAUGAUCUUGAAGAAGUCGCCAAUUUUUAACUUCUUGCAUAAUAUAUGUAUGCGCUAAAAAAAAGUUCGUAACUCGAUGAGAUAACUGAUUGAAAUUUAAACACACAAUACAAAUCAUUCAUCGUAAUAGUUAGCGAGUUAUCGAUACGGCUAAAGUUAUCGAUACCAUCUCACACACAACUUAUACAAUUAUUCAGAUAUAAUCAAUAAAAUUAUCUGUAUAAUGACAGCUUUUCUAAGUUACGCUUCGUUAUAAUUAUAAAUUAUCAUAUUAUAUGAUAAAUACUUGGAAAAACAAACUUGUAUAUUAUGUAUGUGUACAUGCGUGUAUGUUACUUUAUAGUGCUUUGCAUUUAAAUAUUAAGUAACUACAUAAAUAAUANGAUUGAAAAGCACGUUUUGAAAAGUAUAAGAGUAUAUAAUACUAUAUACUUUAGUGAUAGAUCUCAUCUAUAUUAGGUGAANUACUACAAACUUCUCAAAGUACUGAUAUUGCUGAAGUAGAUUUGAUAGAAAAACACACCUGGGCAAAAGAGAUCCUCUCACCACGCANAUUAUUUAUAUUAAAACAAAAUAGAAUAUUUUAAUUUUUUAGAUUAGGCGAGAAAGUUUUAGAAUGAUUAUAUUAUAUUAAAAGUAAUAAAUACAAGUAUACAAAGUAAGAAUAUAAAAAUAUAAAAAUUCACGUUUGAAGACUAAGUAACUAGGACUUAGUUUCCAAUAUUGUGUGCGCAUACGUUAUCUUAUUUUUUAAAAUAAUUUAAUCACAUACCAGCGGAAAUAAUACACAAUAGCAGAGACAACACUAAAUCUCUAAAUAAUGAUUCGUUUGUGCGUUUAUUGCUGUUUGGCAAUAAAAAACAAUAUAUGUACUCUUAUAUAAUUUAUUUUUUAUUACAUUUUUCUCUAUAUGUAAGAAUCGAGUCAUAAUUUGCACCAAGUUUUAUUUGGCUAUUAUAACAUUAUUUUAAUUGUAUAUACAAUAUGUUCAUAGGAACAAACAANCCCUAAGUAUUUAUAUUCAUAAAUUUAUUUUGCACAUAUGUAUUAUUCUUAGACAAAACUUGGAUUUUAUUGUAUCUAGUCGAUGAAAUUGAUAAGUCUUUAUUAUGGAAAGAAUCUUUUAUAACACACAUUUUAUAUAAAGAUUUUUAUCUGUUAUAUAUUCUUUACCAAUAUAUAUCUAAUACAGAGACUGANUUUAUAAUAUCUCGUCAUGGUUUUUACAAAGUAGAAGUUAUUAAUAAAGUNUUAAUUUAUUAUUAAAAUAUUUUUGAGUUGAAGUUAUGUUGACUUAUUACGCAAUUACAAUUAUGACAUCACAAGAUUGCUGUUGAACACAAUAAUAAUAUCUGUUUUAUAUAAACAGUUAUUUGCUUUUUACACACACACACACAUAUAUAUAUAUAUAUAUAUAUAUAUAUAUAUUUAUAAAUAGGUAAUGUACAGUUAUUACCUUUUAUAGACGAACACACGCUUAUUUUCGCUGAGUUUUAUAAAUUAAUAUCUCAUUAAAUAUUGCGAAAUUUGCAAAAUGUAAAGAACUUUUGACUGAAUUCGCUCUAUAUUCUGUCCACAAGAGAUGUUACGGUUAUUACCAAACACUAUAUAUAUAUAUAUAUAUAUAUAAUAUACAUAUAUCAACUCUAAGAAGACAAGUUUUCAUAAAAUGCGAGUUUAUAAACUUCCUUUUCUUAAUUCAAUGGUCUCAUGCAAAAAUAAUAUUUAAAAAAUUUAAUUAUUGCAAUAAAACAAUGGAUAAACAUUUACUUACGUUGCAAAAUUUGCUUGUUGAGAUUGAUUCUGAGACGUACUAGAAGAUGAACUUAACAUUGAUCCAAUUAACCAAAGGAGUUAUACAUUCCUCUUUUUUAUAUUUUUAUUUGUAGAUUAUAAAUUUUACAAAAUAAACUUGUGAUUUUUUAAAUGCUUGCCAUGUAUUGCACUUGCAUAAAUAGUCUCUUUAUAUUAAAAAUUUUGAAUAUUUUUAAGAUGCAUNAAGUACAAAUAUUUUGAGAUUUGUUUGCAUAUUUUCGCAAAAUAACACGUAAUGGUUAUAUACACUAGAUCUGCUAAUUUAAAUAUGGUAUUCUGUUAUCCGAGUAUUAUUAGUUUUAUAUUAUUAUAUUUUAAACAUAUAUGCCCUUACGAAA